AUGGCUGACCUAACCCAUGGUGCCGUGGACUCGCUGCUGGGCGUCCUGUCAGAGGCGAUCAAGGAUGAGGCGAAGCUGCUGAGCGGCGUCCAGGGCGACAUGCAGUUCAUCAAGGACGAGAUGGACAGCAUGAACGGCUUCCUCCUCCACCUCACCAAGUCCAGCGACGACCACGACGACCAGCAGCGGGCGUGGAUGAAGCAGGUCCGCGAGAUCGCCUACAUCGCGCAGGACUGCAUCGAGCUCUACGUCCGCGACCUUCCCCCGCCCGACAGGGGCUUGUUGGCCAAGGUGCGCCACGGCGUCGUCCUCCUGAGGAAAAUGCCGGCGCGCCACCACCUCGCCACCAGGAUCCGCGACCUCAAGGUCCGGGUGCGCGACGUCGGCGAGAGGCGGCAGCGCUAUGGCGUCACCGUCCCGGAGGUGAAGAGGGGGAAGCCGACCACCAGCGUCGUCCAUGGUGGCAAGACCGCCGACGAGCUCAACACGGCAAGAGAAAAUUUCCUGCGAGCUUUAGCCCUUGACAUGGAUGCUGGAGGAGCGUCUUUUCAGAACGCCCUCGCAUUGCUUCCGGAGGACAUCAAGUCUGUGACACAAGAUAUACAAGUGGCUCUAACCAAGGAAUACGAGAUGGAUCAAGAUAAUCCUGCUACCAUCUGCGUGGAGAUGCUCCACCGUGCUCUUCAUGUGUCUCAUCAAGGCCAAGGACGCGUGAACAGGGAGGAACUGGAGAAACUCAGUGCCGCAUCCAAAUACGACGUCAUGGAUCUUCCCAAGCAAGUGAUGGCCCUCUGCUACAGCAAGCUGUCAAGGGGCUUCAUUUCUCCUGUCGACCAUGGUGCUGCUGGUAAAGUCAAGAGCUGCAAGAUGAGAGAGCAAGUCAAGGGAUUCAUCAGUGACAUCUCCAAGAGCGAGAACUUUGAGGGAAGCCAAUUGCCAACUCACCUUGACAACCAGCUUCGUAUUCGUCACAUGGUCGCCAAGCAGCUAAAAAAGUUAGAUCAGCAGAAGGAACCAGACCAAGCCCAGGACCAGGAUCAUGAUGUCAUCUGCGGGUUUCCCCUUCCAGGAAAGAUCUCCAUGGCGAACACCAAGAAUCUAGAGAAAUCCAUCGACAAGCUCCUAAAUCAUUUGAGAUCUCUCCCUGAUACCUAUCGGCUGAAUGUCGUGGAUCUUGGAGGUUGCAGAGGCCUGAAGAAGCGCCACCUCAAGAGCAUCUGCAAGAUGCGGACGAUAAAGUAUUUGAGCCUCCGGAACACGGAUGUUUCCGGUCUGCCCAAUCAAAUCCAGGCGCUCCAGCUGCUGGAGACGCUGGACAUUCGGCAAACCAACAUCAAUGGCUCCCACACAAAGCGCAUCACUCUUCGCAAGCUGAAGCACCUUCUUGCUGGUGACAUCAAUCCUUCAAGCGAUGGGAGCACAGAAAGGAGGGCUGGGGAGUCGUUCCGCACCGUGAGGAUUCCAACCAACAUCAGUAAGAUGACCGACAUGGAUGUACUGUCCCGUGUGGAAGUUUCUCGUGGGAACGAGCUUAGCGAAAUUGGAAAUCUGAAGAAGCUAAGGAAGAUUGGAGUGCUCCUCCCCGGAUCUGAACAAGACAUCAACGAUCUACGCCGACAAAUUUCGAAGAUGGCAAGACGCCUGCGCUCCCUGUCUAUUUGGAUUACACCAGGAACACUCUCCGACUCCGCUUCUCUCGACAAUGCUGGGAGCGACGGCACAUUAUUCUUGCGUCCGGUGUACCUUGAGAGCCUAAGCAUCAAUGGAAUGGAGAAAUCUGGGUUGCCAAGCUGGGUCACAGCAGACUUCAACAACCUUUCCAAGAUAACACUGUGCGACACUCAUCUGACGGCCCCAAAACUAGACAACGUCGUCAGCAACCUCCCCCACUUGCACUGCCUCAGGCUCCGCCGUAAGUCAUACACGGAAGACGGCCUCACCUUCAGGGCAGGGGGCUUCAAGGCUCUCAGGUUCCUCCUGCUCGAGGGCGCCGACAUCACCGCGCUUACCUUUGAAGAAAAUUCAGGUCAUCAGCUCGAGAAGAUCUUCUGGUCCAUGGACACCGCCGUCGCCGCCAAAGCUUCUGCUAUCGGAAUUGAGCACCUUGUGGAACUGAAACAUCUGAUCAUUCCUGAAGUCUUCACUUUGGAAGGACCUCGGGUCUUCGGACGACGGUUCGUUGAUCCAGAGGGCUAA